GCUAACAGAGCCUUGCUAAGUUGACAACAAAACAGAAUACAGCGAAUCAAAAUGAAGAUAAAACUAAUAGAUUCAGUGGUGCGUAGCUUCAAGGUGGCAAAGAUCUUUCGGGAGAACACUGACAAGAUCAACGCCAUUGAUUUCGCCCCAAACGGUGAGCACCUGAUCUCGUGCAGCGAGGAUGACCAGAUUGUAAUCUACGACUGCGAAAAGGGAACGCAGUCUCGCACGGUGAACUCCAAGAAGUACGGCGUGGAUCUGAUCCAUUUUACGCAUGCCAACAACACAGCUAUCCACAGUUCCACCAAGGUGGACGACACUAUUCGAUAUCUGAGCCUGCACGACAACAAAUAUCUACGUUACUUUCCCGGCCACACCAAGAAAGUCAUCUCACUGUGCAUAUCGCCAGUGGAAGACACCUUCCUCUCCGGCUCGCUGGACAAAACGCUCCGCCUCUGGGACCUCCGUUCACCCAACUGCCAGGGAUUGAUGCACCUGUCCGGCCGCCCCAUUGCUGCCUACGAUCCAGAGGGCCUGAUCUUUGCGGCUGGCGUCAACUCAGAGAGUAUCAAGCUGUACGAUCUACGUUCUUUCGACAAGGGGCCCUUUGUCACCUUCAAACUCAACCAGGAAAAAGAAUGCGACUGGACGGGCCUUAAGUUCUCACGAGAUGGCAAAACCAUUCUGAUCAGCACGAAUGGUUCAGUUAUCCGACUGGUCGACGCCUUCCACGGUACUCCGUUGCAAACGUUUACUGGCUAUCCGAACAACAAGGGCAUUGCCAUCGAGGCGAGCUUUAGCCCGGACUCGCAGUUCAUCUUCUCGGGCAGCACAGAUGGACGUGUGCACAUUUGGAACGCAGACACGGGCAACAAAGUGUCAGUGCUAAAUGGCGAUCAUCCGGGGCCGGUGCAGUGCGUCCAGUUCAAUCCCAAGUACAUGAUGCUGGCCUCCGCAUGCACCAACAUGGCCUUCUGGCUGCCCACAUCCGAGGAGGGAUUGUAAUCGAUGUUUCCCGCUUGUGUAGCUUAUAAGAAUAAUGUUUAAUUUAUAAAUAACAAUCUAAAACAACUUUUA